AUCGGGUAGCCGGGAUAUCUUGACGUCACUGGCCAAGAGUGUAGUAUAUAUCACCUAUCCUGGAAAUGCAUCCAUCAGUCUGAGCAUCGCGGUCACGCCCUCCAGACAGACAUCCUACGUGAUAUUUACUGUGAUUCAGACAUGGUCACCCAGAGUUUGUUAAGCCAGACUGCCAGGGCCUCUGGGAAUCACAGCAGUAGCAACAGGCUGUGGCGGUACAGCUUCGUAAUCCUCGUUCUUUCUAUGUUCGCUGCAUCGACCGUUUCGGCGGUUCCUAAGAGAGUUGCCAAUCGUAUGGUGCCCAGCUGGUGGUUUAUAGCUCGGAAUAUUUGCUACAAUGCGGACGACUGCAAAGCUGACGAGUGUUGCACGCGACCAAUGAUGUCCCUGAACUCGUACUGCAUGCCAAGGAGGACCAGAGGACAAGUUUGUAACUCAGCGCCAUUCUUGCUGAAUGAAAAGGAAGGAAUAUACUUCAACGACUGCCCCUGUCUGGCAGAGUUCUCGUGCGCCCAAAUCAACAAAGACGUCAACCCCAGCUGCGUGGACCUCCACGAACUGGAGGUGGAUUUCCAGAGAUUCGUGAACAUGAAGACAGUUAGCAACUUCAUCCACAGGGGCAUCCCCGCGGCUAGGAAGUCGAAAGAUGCUCUCCUUGGGCCUAAGUAAAGAAGUGUCUUCGUAUCAUCAUUUCACCGACGAAGGGACAAAUGCCAAAGGAAUGUUCGUGUUUAGGUAUGUGUAUCUGGAGGUUCCUUUAGGAAGGAGAAAAAGAUGAGAUCUUUCCCGUUUGUUUUUGUGUUCCUUUUUAAGCCCAUUGUUUGCGGCAUAGGAUCUGGGUAAACUUUUGGUAUGAAAUUACUUUUAUGAGGGGACGACAAUGUAAAAAAAAAAUCGCAAGUUUUCUGAAGGAAAGGCAAUAAAUGUUUAGAUUUUAAAGCAUGGUUCCUUUAUACAGUAGUUGAUAAGGAAAAUGAUGCUAUACAAACAACUCUGCGGUCUACUUUUGCUAUUUAAAUUUAAUGAGGUAUGAAAACAAAUAAAGCAUUUUUAUCC